AUGGGUGACGACCAGAGCCCAGCCCAGGCGCUGUGGGUGCAGUUUAGGACUACGUCCAAGCAGGUUCCCGUGGACGGUUUUUUAGACAUAGGUCGAUGGCUUCGUGCUGUGAAGGCAGCCUUCGCGCCGGGUCUUGAGAAGGUCUCUGUCGCACGCUUAGAGCUGUACAGCCUGCGCGAAAGUGGCAACCUCCCAGAGAUCGUGGCCGACAGCAAUCUGGAGUUGCUGACAAGCGGCAAAAAGAUCUCCAAGCUGAUCUCUUUGGGGCGAGGGCUCAGAGAAAACGAUGCGUUCCAGCUCAGGGUAAGAAGCGAGGACAAGGCCGAACCAGAUGCAUGGGGUGGCAACCACGAGCUGGCUAUGGCUGCCGAGAAAGCGGCAGCUGCCGCACGCCUGCAUUCCAAUGGCGCUUGCGCAGACAGCCAUGGCCAUGCAGGCUACUGGUGCGAAGUGUGCAGUGCCCGCUGCUCCUCGGCGACGGCAUGGAAGCAGCACUAUGCUAGCAAGCAUCAUCAGCGCAGGCAAGGCUCCGCCGGCUCGGAGGCCCAGGCACGGCCCGGCGGGGAUUCUGCGAAUCCUUGGUCUCGGGGGAUGUCGGCGCUCGCACAGUUUCCUUGCCGGCGUGCCGGCACCCUGGACGUUUCUACGAAAUUCUUUGAUCUGUCCGAAUCCCAGAAGGAGCUUCUGAAGCUGUAUCUCGUCAGUAGUUUCAACGGCGAGGAGGAGCUCCUGAAGGCUUUCGAUGUCUUGUUGCAAAAGUCGGCCGACCACUUACGUAUAAAGGAGGUUUUUGAAACCGUCGAAGUUUGGAAGAAGGUGGUUUCACACCUACAACGCUGUAAUGCCACGCGGAAAGAGCGUGGUUUGCCCGUCCUCGACCGCAUCUACGAUGUAGCAAGCGGACAUGGGCUGUUGGCUGUUCUGCUGGCAUACCGCUUCCCGCGCACGGCAGUGAUUGCCCUCGAUCUUGAGAAGCGAGCUGGGUUUGAGCGCUACGUAGAGGCUGUGAACAGCUACGGCUCGUGCGUGGAGGGCAACAAGACUUGUCUGGCCAAUCUGUCCUUUAUAGUCGGCAAGUUCGAGGAUCUGAGUGAAGGCCCUGCCAGUGGGAUUGCAUACGUUUGCGUGCACGGCUGCAACGAGCUGAAUUUUGCAGUUCUUCAGCGGGCAAAGGAGAAACUUGCCGCCUGGCUGGUGGUGCCGUGCUGCAUACGGGAUGGCCUUACUGACAUUUGUGUUCGAUGUGCUGGCACUGAACAGGGGGACGACUCCCGACAUGCGAUUAUGUGCGGAAUCAUGGGUGCGCAGCACCAGGCAACCGCCAUAGUGGCUGUCGACCGUCGCAUCACCAACCGCCACCUUGUUGUUGAAGGAGAUGCAGCAGUAUGA